AUGAACAGUGUAUUAAACCUCUCCACUUUUGAAUUACAAUCAGCGCACCUUUCGCUUUUCAGUAAAGGUUUUAAAUUUAUACCAUAUGGUUGUGACAAUAUUGUCUCUGCUUUAACAGAACUAAAAAUCUUUGUUCGAAAUCUCAACCUAAGACUGCUAUUUGGUAAUACUCCUGCACCUGAAAAAUGUUGUAAACGUAGUAGCACUUUUAUGCCAGUUAGUGUUCCUGUACUAAAGGCUUUUCAUGACAUUUGCGAGUUUCAGAUUAGAGAACUCUAUCUAAAACCUGUUAAAAACAAGGCAUAUAAUUUAAGCUUCUCUGAGUAUAAAGCUUUAAAAAGUUUACAACAGUGUAAUGACAUUAUUAUAAAACAAGCUGAUAAAGGUGGCAAGGCUGUCCUAAUGAAUCGUGAUAAUUAUUUUUCAGCUGUUUCUCUGCUUUUAAAUGAUGAUACUGCCUUUAAAGUUAUCACUAGAACUGAUGUAAAAAAUUGUAUAAGUUAUGUGAACAUGGUUGUGUAUGAGCUGCAGCUUAAUAAUGACAUUGAUAUUGAUCUUUUUAACUAUUUUACAUUUCUAGGUAUUCAAGCAGUCCAGUCUCAAGGUUGUGGAAACCCAGUAUAUAAUUCUCGGAUCGUUGGUGGAUCUAAUGCCCAGGAGGGAAAAUGGCCAUGGCAGAUUAGCUUACAAAAGAAUAAUGCACACAUCUGUGGAGGGUCAAUUAUUACUGAGAGCUGGGUAGUGACAGCUGCACAUUGUCUGCAAGGGAACUACUAUCAAAAUAUAGGCCAAUACAGCGUGGUCCUAGGAGGGUAUCAGCUUUCUAAUUCUAAUAGAAACCAGCUCACACGGAAAAUUAAAGAGAUCAUUGUUCACGAGAAUUAUACAAACCCAACACAAGGUUAUGACAUAGCUCUCCUAAAGCUUGAUGUAAAUGUAACAUUCACAGACUAUAUCCUUCCAGUUUGUCUUCCUGGUUCCUCUUUCCAGUUUCCUGAUGGUUUACUCUGCUGGGUUACUGGCUGGGGUGCUACACAGUCUGGAGGGAGCCUUCCAUCACCCCAGACACUACAGGAAGUUCAAGUACCAAUCAUAAACCAACCACAAUGUGACUGUCUGUAUCAUGUGAAUACCGACUAUCCCCAGCGCACUCAGCUGGUAGCAAUGAAUUCCAUCUGCGCUGGAUAUAUCAGAGGAGUAAAAGAUUCCUGUCAGGGAGACUCUGGUGGACCACUGGUAUGUAAAGGAGGCAAAACAUGGAUUUUGGCUGGACUUGUGAGCUGGGGAGAAGGAUGCGCAAUGACAAAUCGCCCUGGAGUUUACUCUCGUGUCCCUGUUUUUCAGGACUGGUUACAGAGUAAAAUACCUCAACUGCAGUUUAAGGCAUUCAGCCAAGAAGCAUUCUCAAGUGCAGAGUCAAUACCAGUGAACAGCAGCACCUGUAAAUAUAAUCGUGAUGGAAAUGCAGUCGUGUAUGGUACCAGCAGCAGUCUUUUACACUUCAGCACUGCUGGUCUCCUGUUUUGCACAAUUCUCAUGACAGUAAUGUAGCAAGUUAAUGCCUUAUCUAUGCUUUAAAUCUAGGAGCUAGAAUACCUAUAAGGACCGUGUCUUCAUAUCUAAGCAUUGCUCUAUGCCCAUGUCCCUAUUACAAGGCAAUAACAACAACAAUGCAAUCUCCAUCAUAGCUCAUAGAACAUACUGUCAUUGGGCAGACUGAACUAUCUAUAGCACAUUUUUUAGGUCUCACACAGAUUUUAUUCUAUAUUUAUGAGGAAGACAAAGAGCCAUAUAUGAAAGCAAUUCACAUUUACUAAACAUCUGAAAUGAAUUAAUGUUUGUAAAUAUGAAGGUGGUUAGUAGACCUGAAUAGUCCCUAGUCAAGAAACAAAGCAGCUUGUGGUGACAUGGUGUCCAUUAGUAAUGUCCAGUUAGUUAUGAUUAUACUGUAAAAUGCCAAUGAUAUGGAGUCUCUAUGUCCCUCACUGCCUCACAUUGAUGGCCAUUAUGCCUCACGCAGAAUGCCCAUAAAAGCACUGCCCUACAUUAGAAUCAAUUGGCUUCCCCUCUUUAGUGCUAAAUUUCAAUCCCUCACACAAAAUAUUUGUAGCACAUAAAAGAAGAUAACCACAUGAAUGGAACACUAAUUAAUGCUCUAAUUCCUCAUUUACUGUGAAUGAAUCUUUCAGGUGCAUAGUCAUUUUAUAUACUGUAUAAGCAGUCCUCACAAUAUGGCUAACCAUUCUAAAUGAAGAACUUUCAUAUAAUAUGUUUAUACUGAGCCACACUGAUAAAAAAUGUGAAGGGUUUAUAGAAACAGUAAAGUAGGCAAAAUAGUAGUGUUUAUUUUUUGAACAUGUUUGCUGCUACCUUUGUUUUUGAGUGUUUUUAUUUUAUUUAUUUAUGUUUUUGAGGGGUUUUUUUUCUUCAGAAGAUUUUUUCUUUUUUGGACUGACACUAUUGAUGUACUUGAAUAUGCUGCAAAGGACAAUACUGUACAUUUAGGCACCCGUGUUUGCUUCUUUUCCUCCUCAACUCCACCCUUCAUCAUCAGAUCCUCAGUUAAUUGUAUCAACUGGUCACUAAAUUUUCUUUGUAAGUUUUGGUGUCACAUAUAUUGAUGUCCUAGAGCUUGUAAUGUAAGGAAAUCAGGAAAAUGAGAAAUGGAAGAUUGCAAGCAAAGUGCUGAAGCAUCACAUGCUUCACACGGAAGCAGAAAAUUGUUUACAUGGAAAGACAAAAAUAAACUUUGCUUCAUAUAUAAGAAGAAACAAUUCAUUAGUUGCUUAGUUACAUCAUAUAUAUGAAUAAAUAAUUCACUAGUUGCUUUGUUAAUAUUUACUGAAAAACAAAUACUGACCUUAUAAUAUGUAUCAUUGUAAGCCUAUUUCAACUCAUACAAUAUAAUAAUUCUGAAGCGAAAACACACAC